CUUAAAUAGUGAUUACUUGGUUUGUGUCGCAGUGUAUUAAAUUUUAGUGUAUGUAUUUUAUUUCGUUAUUUUUCUAAUUAUUUACCAUAAUAGGCAUGUCAUUUACAAUAUUUAAAUUAUUUGUUAAUACUUUGGGAAAGAACCUGCCGAGACAUCCGAUUAAAUCAGGAUUAACAUUCCGAUUCGCAACAGCCAUGGACGUGGCUACACCAGAAAAAAUAGACUCGCCAAAAGAUGAGUCAGAUGAAAUAAUUCGUAGCAAAAAUCAGACGAGGUUUAAGAAACGUCACAUGAAGCGGCAGUGGGAGGAGUUGACUGCUAAUAAGAAAGACGACGGAGAGUCAGAAGAAAAAAAAUUAUGCGAGAAAACCGCUGAAAGGAUUAAGAGGAAAAAAAUGGCAAUGCUAUUAGGCUAUUGUGGGGUAGAUUACUAUGGAAUGCAGAGGAAUCCGGGCGUUAGAACAAUAGAGGAGGACCUAUUGAAAGCACUGUACGAGACUAAAUACAUAACGGAGGAUGACUACAAAAAUCAACAGAAUGCGCACUUCCAGAGGAGCUCGCGAACCGACAAAGGUGUCUCUGCCGCCAGACAGGUCGUGUCUAUGAAGUUACCUUUAGAAAUAAACAUUGAUGAUAUCAACAAAAAAUUACCCGAGUGCAUAAGAAUAUUUGCUGUGAAACGGGUUACAAAUAAAUUUAAUUCAAAAUCGAAAUGUAAUGCGCGAACAUACAGUUUUACACUGCCCACCUAUGUAUUCGAACCUAGCCUGGUGACCAUAGAAGAAAGGAAAUUUUAUAGAAUACCUGCAGAGACAUUGGACAAAGUCAAUAAUGUAUUAAGUAUAUACAAAGGGACGAAGAGUUACCACAAUUUUACUGAAAGGAAGCACUUCCAAGACCCGUCUGCAUUGAGGUACAUGAUGAGUUUUAGCGUAGAGAAAGUCUUUGUACAUUCAGAUAUGGAGUUUGCCGUAUUAUUAGUUAAGGGACAAAGCUUCAUGCUGCAUCAGAUCCGUAAAAUGGUAGGUCUAAUGAUUGCCGUUGUCAGAGGUCACACGGACUCGUCAACGAUGGAGCGGGCAUUUGGCAAGGAGAAAGUCAUAAUACCCACCGCGCCUGGUCUGGGCUUAGUUCUAGAUAUGGUACACUACGACAGAUAUGAUGCCCGAUACAAAAUAAGUCACGAUAGUCUCACCUGGGAAGCAGAAGAAGAGGCUGUUCAAAAAUUCAAACAUGAUUUCAUAUACCCCAACAUAGUAAAAGGUGAGAUAGAAGACAAUUCAAUGGGUAACUGGCUGGAGAAACUGAAUCUACAUUCCUAUGACCCGUCAGAUGAUGUUCCCGGCGAGAAAGAGACAGAAAAUAGAGAGUUAGAUGAUGAUGAUGAUGAAGAUUGUGACGAUAAAGAGACAAACGAAACAAAGGAACAAGACGUUAUAUCGAAAAGUGUAGAAAAUGUUACGAGUAAUGUUGCAAGUAAUGUUGAAUCAGAAGAAAAGUCUGUUGAGAGUAAAGAGGUUGUAUAAAAGAAUUUAAUAUGUAUUGUAAAUUUUGAAUGUUUUUGUAUUGGCAUAUUUGCAUUUUAUCUGGCUAUAUGGAACAAAUUCCAUAUAAAUAUUGGAGUGGAUUCUGGAGUACAGUUCUCUAUCUAAAGAGAAUGAUGCGAUGAUAAUAAAUUUAAAAUUUUUAAUUUAAAGAUUAAGGCAAAUGGUACUUCAGAAAGAAUAACUUUAUUGUAAAUACUUAAUAUAUAUUUUCCAUAGACAAAUUGCAAACUAAUCUAUCUCUAUGGAUAGUUUCAUUUGCCACUUAUUUAGAGGCACUAGUAGUAAAAGCAGUGAAUGUGAAAUUGUGUUAAUUUUUUAAAAUUUUAUAUGACAACUGCCUUAGUAUUUACGUUAUAGGUUUGUGCUGUAAUAUAGCCUAAAAUUCCGCCGCUAAAUUCUGCAGGUAUAGGGCUUUUUAAUCAAACUUUAUUUAAAGUUGUUGGUUACUAAACAAUUUGCAUUAUAACGUUGGCAAAUUUAGGUGCCUUUACCUACUAGAUGGCGUUAGAAUCGAAACUUGUUUUUGUUUAUUAUGUAGUUAAAGAUAAUUUAAGGAAAAAAAUUCUAAAUUAGUGUUUUUUUUAUUAUGUAAAGUAAAUAAUAGUAAAUAAUCAACAAAAGCCAUAAGUCUCGAUUCCAGAUACAUCUAGUAUUUCUUGUCUAAUUUAGUGACUGUCUGUUUGUCUGUAAGCCUAGGCGCCAAAAAUUAACAAAUGAAUUAAUUUUCUCAUUUCUAAUAUUAGUAAUGAUCUCUAGUUCGUUUUCUUAUAAAAAUGUAAUAUAUAAAAGCUAUACAAACAUAUAAAAUAUAAACAUAUAAAAUAUAAUACAGUAUGUAUGUAUGAUUAGUUGAAACUUUUCAAACUAUGUUAAAUUUACAUCCCAUUCCCAAUAUGCAGGAAUUAAACUGUAUAAUGUGCCAAUACUAAAACUAAAUAUAGUUUUAUUGUGACGUUUUGUUAAUGAAGUAUAGACUAAUAAAUAAAUAUGACUAAGCCAUAACGAGAA